GCUGUAUUACAGUAAGAAGAAAGGUUUUAAUAUCGUGAGGAGAGAAACCCCACCCAAAAAGUCACAAAAUGUACCAAAACCAUGGCAGAGGAGGACAAAGACGUCAACAAUAUCCUCGUACGGAACCGGAUCCAGAAGCUGAACAAUUCAGAAAGAUCUUCAUCGGCGGUUUAAGCUACGAGACUACAGAGGAAGGCCUGAAAGAGCAUUUUGGGCAGUGGGGCGAGAUCACUGACUGUGUUGUAAUGAAAGAUCCUAAUACAAAAAGGUCAAGAGGCUUUGGGUUCAUUACUUACAAGCAUGCAUCUGAGGUAGAUGUCUCUCAAGAAAAUCGACCUCACAAGAUUAACAAUAGGGAUGUGGAGACAAAAAGGGCAAUGCCAAGAGAGUUCAAUGAGCCUCAGGAAUCAACAAAGAAGAUGUUCAUUGGUGGUUUGAAGGAUGACACCGUUGAAGAACAAGUUAGGGAAAUCUUUGCUUCUUAUGGAAACAUUGAGCGUGUGGAUCUUAUUCGUGACAAGGAAAACAACAAAGUGAAAGGAUUUGGCUUUGUCGAGUUUCUUGAUACUGAUUCUGUUGACAAAUGUGUUUUGAAGAAGUUCUUUAACCUAAAUGGAAAGGAUGUUGAAGUCAAGAAGGCUAUUGCCAAGGAAAAUCAACGAGGAGGAGACUCCGGUGGUCGUGGAGGACGAGGAGGGGGAAGGGGAGGAAGAGGUGGAGGAGGUCGUGGAUUUAAUGAUUGGAACCAAGGUGGCUACAACCAGGGUGGUUACAAUCAAGGAAACUUUGGAAACAAUUAUGGAAACCAAGGUGGUGGUGGUGGAUAUGGAAACAACUACGGUAACCAAGGAGGAGGGGGUGGAUGGAACCAGAACAACAGUGGUGGUGGUGGCUAUGACAACUACGGUGGCGGAUAUGGUAACCAAGGCGGCAACAACUAUGGUGGUAAUUUUGGGCAGAAUUAUGGAGAUAAUUAUGGAGGUGGCGCCAUGAAGAACAGUUACUCUAACCGUGGACAGGGACCCUAUGGAUCAGGUGGAUACAACAACAGUGGUGGUGGAUACAACCGACGAUGAAGUCAUCCAGAAAUCAUCAACAGGUGUACUCCUCAGGCAGUUAUAGAGAAAGCAAUAGUACCAGCAGAAGUAAUACAGGCAGGCAGAUUCUCAGGAAAUCAUACAUAGCUUAGAGCUAGCCUAAAGUAGUAGGUUAUGGUCAGCUCACUACAGCAUUGUGCCAACUACUGGAUGUACAUAAGUAACCGCCUACUUCGGGUCUUAACAUAUAGUGGACUAGUUUACACAUUAUUACCCUCAAUUAAUAUCAGUGAGGCAUAAACUUAAAUGGAUUUGUAUGGCCCUGUGAGCAGCAUCCCCUAGCAUAGGACCAUGUCUGCCAUAUCAAUCCUAUGAUGUGUAUGAAGCUGUAUUGUUACAAACCCUGAACAGCUUAGUGCUGUAGUGACCCAUUCAAAUCGCUAUGAAGCUAUGAACAGAAGUGUCCCACGGUCAUAGAGUUACCUUAAGGUAGAGCUCCAUAUCACACAGACUACUUAUGGAUUGAACCCAGGAUUACUUGUGUUUCUACUGUGGAGUCCCUGCUGUAAGCUGAUAAUUGUGUUAUCCAUCAGAAAAUAAAACUGCUUUUAAAUAGACCAGGCUGAGGAUUACACCUGCUCUUCACUCAAUUAAUUCUUCGUCAGUGUAUUUCAUUCUUGUAGAGGAAUAAAAUCUCUACUUUUUAUAUAUAUUUUUCCCAUUGUCUAUGUUGUACCAUUAUUUUAUCAUAAAUGCGUGUUGUCGUUUUAAUGUAAUGGCUCCUCUAGCAGGAAAGAUCGAGGAAUAAAAUGUUUAGGAUA